ACGCGUACACAGCGCCCUCUACAGUUCAAUCGCCGACUCAGUUUCAUGUUACUACUGGUGCUGUUUCUAGUCAAGGAACAACAAAAACAUGUUCGGGUGCGACAGGCUAAAGGGUUAACCAGCAACUGCCACCUGCAGUCACCUCAACAAGUCAACGAUUCGACCGACUGCUAUAUGAUUCCCGUCGUGUUAACGGCCGAAGACCCAGAAAGAUGCCGCAGAAAGCACUGGGAUCCAUUGUAGGUCUUCUUUGUACCGGGACCUGUCUGGUGCAGGGGAAGGAGUUCUGUUUUGGGGUAAACAAUGAACAGUACCGCUGUGACAUGGGGUACUGCUGCGGAGAGACAGAGUGCUGCACCUACUACUACGAGCUCUGGUGGUUCUGGUUGGUAUGGACCCUGAUCAUCAUGCUUAGCUGCUGCUGUGCCUACCGACACCGGAGGGUUAAGAUGCGUCUUCAGCAGGAGCAACGUCAACGUGAGAUCAGCCUCAUGGCCUACCAGGGAGCCUCCAGCUCCUUCAUUUCCCCUCCACCGCUCAAUCUAAGGUUCUGGAACGACUGCAAGCUUCCUGAUUAUGAAGAGGUGGUAGGUCACCCCCCAACACCACCUCCUCCCUACUCUGAAAACCCUCCUGAGAGUACUCCAGCACUCCCUCCACAACUGAGCCAGCCAGACGCCACGGUGCCACAACCCCUGCCUGAGGCAGACCCAAGAGUGAACGCUCAGGCCUCAGGCUCAUCAUCAAACCACGAAGCAGUGGCUAUGUCGGUCCCAGCACAAUGUCUAGCAGAGGCUGCGCUGAUGGCAGCAGAAGAGGAGGAGGAGGAGGAGGAUGAGGAGCUCAUGACUCGGCGUCGCCACGUCACCGGCGACUCAGGGAUUGAGGUUUGUGUUUGCCAGCUGGACGUAGACGAGGGCUCGGAGCUUGAGGAGGAAAGCGACGAGGAGCACCGCAUGUGCAAGGUCAGCGGUCAGGACUGCUGCCCGGGGCAUCAGCAGCAGACCUUCAGACAAAAGGAGCAUGCCUCUGAGCUGCCCAGCCAGACCGCUAGCACCAGCACUGGAGACCACAUGGUGUGAUCCACAGCAUAACUAACCAGCCAGCCAGCCAGCGUGGCUUUCUGCUUCACGCAGGGUGACCCAAGAUCUCUGUUGCAUCAUCAUCACCACAACAGAGACUGUUUGUGUUUUAAUUCUUUGAACUAACACACAGACAUGAUGUUAAAGAUGAUGAUGAUGAUAACUAAUCCUUAAUGGCUCCUGAUUCGGAGAGACGAAUAACGCAUUGUGUGGACACAUUAUUUUGCUUUGCAUUUCUUUAGUGGGGAAACCAACCAACAAACGCAUGUCGUUGCUCCAUUUGGUAUGUUUUCCCUUAGUGCUAAAUGAGAGAACGUCAUUGGGUAGUGGGAGGGCAGCCAUUGAUUGUGACUGAAACCAGAAUUGACUGUUUCCCUUGCUUCUGCCCUCUCCUUGAGCACUGCCGUCAUGUUUCCGUUUUUAUGCCUCGCCACGCUCCUUGAUCAGAACAUUUCCAGCCAUCCCUCCAUCUGAUAUUUUACCCCCGGUGGGAUGGUCAGCUCAGAGCAUACCACCACGGUCAACAACAUUUCUCCCUUAUCCCCACUAUGACUCUGAGGCAGUGGAGUGAAAAAAAAAAAACCUCUUGAAAACUGGAUGAAUCAACAAGAACACACCAUUUCAUUUUCCCCAAAGCUGUGUGUGCGUGAGAGUUUGUGUGUGUGCUGUGAAAUCUAGGGCACAGCUGCCUAAUGUCAGCUCUGAGGUCAUGGCAACCAGCAUCUGGUGUGAAGUCUUUGGGACUUUUCACAUCUAGAGUGGGGGAGACUAUACACCCACAAACAGCAGAGAGACGAGAAAGAGUUGAGUUUGUUGUUUUGUCUCUGGGUUUUAAAUAUCAUACACCCCCAGCCCAUUUUUCCUUUUUGAUAUCCAUAUUGUGGUCUCCACAGCUCUGUGGUCACCAAUUAGCAUGACUGUAGGUAAGGAGCAACCAGCUUUGAAUGAUUUAUCUCCCCACUUCGGUGUCUGACUGCAUUAUAUUCAUAGAGAUAGCCAAGAGGGCUAUGCCACCAAUUUUGUAAUGAAUAAAAAGCCUUUUGGUGGCUCUGUGUUUUAUUUACUGUGUUAUGUCAGAGUGAGUAGUAGCAGCCUUUUGCUCAUUCUAAACACAAGUAUAUAGUUUGGAUGUUCAUAACGAAGGAUGUGCUUUUCCUUUUUUUCCAUUUCAUAACCAGCUACACUUCAGUAAAUGCCACCGGUGUCACCAUUACUGUAACAAAGCUCCUGAUGGGGGCUGCUAGAGUGUGGAUAUUAUAGUGCAGUAGGGAAGGGUUGAGUGUUGUGUGUUUGUAUAUCUGUAUAGUGCUGUAGCAUCUGGUAACACUUGCUCAGCACUGAGGUGGAUUAACUAUUAAAAGCACUGGUAUUUUGCAUGAGUCUUGAAUUUCUUUUUAUAUUUGAGUUCAUUGGCAUUUUCUAGCAGUUGUGCUACUUUCUUUGCUCAUCUGUUUGUCAAAAUGAUAGUGGGCUACUGUGGCUGCACAACUGUGUACCCAGAUGUUGGGGUGAAGAAACUGACUGGUUUUAGAUCUAGUUUCAUUGUGUUGUUAUGUCUGUGUGAGCCAUGCUAUGCUGUUGUGCGGUGCUGGUAGCUAGUUAUCUGGUGUUGUGUCGGCGGCCUCUGUAGCUCUUAGCAGUGUGAGGGAUUUGCAGUGGUAUUUGGGUAUUUUUGGCAGCAGAGGGUGGGUGCCUUAGCUAGUUGAGAUGGAUGCAGGCUCUGCAGUGUUGGCACAGCUGCAGAAUCUAUUGUGAUUAACUGCAUGCUUCUCUGUGUUGCAUGUUGCUUGCCCAAUAUACUGUACAGUGUGUAUUCAAAGUAUAGCAGUCAAACUGGUUGUUAAUAGGAAAACCACCACAGAACAAAAUUAUGAUUUGUUGCCAGAUAAAAGUCUGUGCAAGACGAGCAGUAACUGAUAAGUCACUAAAUGUUUUAUUGACAAUUUGUUUAGAAUAAUGUUCAACAACUUUUUUUUAUUUGUCUGCUCUGAUGCUGUGUGUCAAAAUGGGCACAGUGUAAAGACUCAGGUCGGUCUUUCUGCUUCACACAAGCACACAUGCUCACAAAGUACUGCCAGCUGACAAAGUGGAGAGUAAAUGCUCACAUUUCAGGCUUGCCAGAUCUAUUUUUUCAGGCAUUAAAAUUAAUGUAAUCAUUUAGAUGAAAUUCUUCACAAGAUGUGACACUGGGUUCUGCACAUAAAUGUAUAUAAUUGUAAGACACAUGCAGUUCUGUGGCCCAUGAAAGUGUUUUCUCCAACUAGCAGCAGCCCAGAGCGCUGUACCGGCUGUGGUUGUGUUUCUACCAUUUGAGCUACGCUAAGUACUGCUGUGGCUAAAGCGUAGGAAAACAAUGCAAGAGGACCGGUGCACCAAUAAUAUCAAUAUAGAGUGAAAGUAAAUGAAUGCACGGCUGCCUAAGGCUUACAUUGAAAGAAGAUUUAGUUUCAUGUUCAUUGAAAUAGGCCUAAUCAAACAUGCUGUUGCGAUGUUUGCAGUCCUUGUGUUGCCGUAGUCGAGCAGGUGCUUAAAUAUGAAGCCAAACUAACAUGACCACGACCUUUUCAGAGGAGCUGUUACACUGUGAGCAUGACUGCACACCCAUUAGCAGAAGUAAUAUAAGGCAUUUUUUGACCAACACACCUCAAGCUGCCUUGCUGCAUCUCUAGAGAGCAAAUGUCUUGAUUAUGGAGCUGCACAAUAAAAUAUGGCCUCUGUAUGCAGAAACGGAUGUGCUACUGCCUUAUUAGAGUAGAUAUAGUUUCUUUUGAAUGGUAAUAGUUGUGUUCCUAGCAUGACUGCUUCAGAGCAGGGAUGUGCUUUUGUAUCGAUAGAAAAUAGCAUCUGAGCUUGUUUAGAGAGUGUGCUUCCUUUAUGAGGAGAGGAUGUGGUUUCCUAACAUUUUAAGCCACAAGAUUUAAACCGUCACAUGUUCUGUAGAGUUUUACUUGCAUUGGUUUUGUAUCUGUGGGGUGGUUGUGUUGAAUUUUCAAAUACUGUGUUUCUAGUUAGUCGUAGCAGUAAUGGAAUUAGUCAAGACCAGAUUUUGUGCUCGUUCUGUUUUUGUUUCAUGGAUGUGGUUGCAAUUAGUUUGUGAUAUUACCUAUUUUGUUUUCCAUGGUUUUGUUGCGAUUCAUCUUAUUGAUGUCUUAUUGUGUUUGGAGGACAAAAAAAUGAACUCCCAACAAGAGAUUGCUUUCUAACCUUCUUGCUAAGGUGCAUUUUUGCUUAUUUGUAUACAUAUGUAGACAAAAUAAUAGGGGAAGGAUAGGAGAUCUUUUGUGCAUGAGUGAACUGGAGGUUCAUAGUUUUCCCAUUGCCAAAAAACCACUAUGCCUCCCUGUUUUUCACGUUUACCGAGAUUAAGGGCUAUAUCAGUCAUCAAUCAUGGACAAACAUCCAUCCAUUUCACUGACUGAUUUGUCUCCUCUGUGCUGUUCAUUUAAAGCCACAGUUGCCGAGAUCCACCAUCUGAACAUGGUCAGUGUUUGGGUUUGGAUGUUCUUUUAAUGUGGUGGAGUUUGUUCAUAUUUAACAAUAGCUGAUUGUUUAUGGCCGCGUAUGUUUGUUUCAUAGGCUUUAACUUUGCCUUUUUUUGUUUUGUCAACGGAGGUGCGUGAUGCGACAUCCUUCCAACCUCCCCGCCCAAUAAGAACGAUUCUUCCUUAUGUAACUAGAUGCAUGUGUGGUUGUUAAUUUGGGCCGUUGGCUCUUUGUGGACCGUGACUCCACCCUCCACCAGGCUCCGUCUUGGUAACAGAAAGUGUAGCCAAGCACUCUGCGUGUGGACCCUUGGAAACAGGAGGGCAUGUCCACUCAUGCAGAAGUGUCGACAGAAUAAUCUACCAAAGUCGCUGCCAUCUCCAUGCUACACAGUUUGUCACUGUUUUCACCGGUGUGCGUGUGGUUGUCAUGACGAUUUUGUUUCCCACUCUCAGGGUUAUCUUUAACAAGCAGUGCUAGAGUUUUAAAUUUACACUUUUUUUUUUGGACCCACCAGUCUCGUAAAGCCAAAGCAGUUCUUUCAUGAUAAUUGUUUCCCCCUUGUUGUCUGGUGUUAUUUCUGCAUCAUGCAACUCUGUAGUCUAUUGUACUUUAACUCAUCUAGGCUAUGCAAAAACAUAAACCUACUGUUAUAUGCUGCAACCCCUUUCUUUGUCAUUUGUCUGUUGGCAUCAGUACAAGCAAUAUAACUCUGAGUACUUGUGGCACUGUACUGUAAUCUACUUUUGGUUGGUGUGUGUUCAUGUUUGUUUAAGAAAACUUGUAAAA